CCCGCCCACAGGAAGCCGACGUCAUGGCCGCGCCCGGGAGUGACGGGCCCCGCCCCCCGGCCCGGCCGGGCUUCCUCUUCGCGCUGCUGCUGUCGCUGUCCCUGCCCCGCGGCUCCGCCCCCCAGCGCCCGGGGGCCCCGCCCCCCGACCCGGAGGCCACGCCCCUCGACCCGCCCCCGCCGCGGCCCAACUUCCUGCUCAUCAUGGCCGACGACCUCGGCCUCGGGGACCUCGGCUGCUACGGCAACGGCACGCUCAGGACGCCCAACAUCGACCGCCUCGCCCGGGACGGCGUCCGCCUCGCGCACCACCUGGCGGCCGAGGCCGUGUGCACGCCCAGCCGCGCCGCCUUCCUCACGGGGCGCUACCCGGUCCGCACGGGGAUGACGUCGGGCAACGGGCACCGCGUGCUGCAGUGGGCGUCGGGCGCGGGCGGCCUCCCCCCCGAGGAGCUGACGUUCGCGCGGGUCCUGCAGGGGCGGGGCUACGUCACGGGGCUCGUGGGGAAGUGGCACCUGGGCCUGAACUGCGAGACGUCGUCCGACCUCUGCCACCACCCCCAGCGCCACGGCUUCCACCACUUCCUGGGGCUGCCGCUCGGCCUCAUGGGAGACUGCGCGGUGGAGGGGGCGGAGCCGGGGGCGUGGCCGGGGCCGUCGCCCUCCGAGAAGCGGGCGGGGCUGGAGCGGCGCCUGCGCGGGGCGGGGGUGAUUGACGGGCGCGACCUGAUGCCGCUGCUGCGGGGCGGGGCCGGGCGCUCGGCCCACGAGGUCCUGCUCCACUACUGCGAGGUUUUCCUGCACGCGGCCCGGCUGGUGCAGCGCGAGCGCGGGAAGGUGUGGAAAGUGCACUUCGCGACGCCGACCUUCGACCCCCCGGGCUCGGGCUCCUGCGCGGGGCCGGACGGUGGCCAUGAUGGCGGCGACGGCGAGGAGGAGGCGGGCGCGGCCCCCCAGGCCCGGCUGUGCCCCUGCGUGGGCGCCGCGGUGACCCCGCACGACCCCCCGCUGCUGUACGAGCUGACCUCCGACCCGGGGGAGGCGCGGCCGCUGUCGCCGGGGGCGGAGCCGGGGCUGGCGGCCGUGGUGUCGCGCGUGAGGCAGGAGCAUGACCGCGUGUGGCGCUCGCUGAGCCAGGCCAAGCAGCAGCUGGGGUCGCUCUACGUCCUGCCCCGCCCGUGGCUGCAGCCCUGCUGCUGGGGGCGGGGCGCGGGGGGCGGGGCCUGCGCCUGCGACCUCGGCCCGGGGGGCGGGGCCGGGGCCGGCGACGCGGGGCGGGACUUCCUGUGA